CAUGGCGAUCCAUCAAAUAUUAUUAAUAUAUGAAACGUCAUUUUUGUGGCGAGCGAUCAAAAAUGCAGAUCGAGAGGCCUUGGAAUUGAAACCUGCCAAGCGUCUUUCAGUGGCAGUUGCUACAGACUUACAAGAUGAUAGCUUACACUAUGGUAUUGUGAUCGAUUGUGGUAGUUCUGGAAGUCGAGUAUAUGUCUACUACUGGCCAAGGCAUGAUCCAAGUUCAGAGGACUUACUACAAAUUAAACAUGUAAUUGACAAAGAUCUGAAACCCGUCAUAAAAAAAGUUACACCCGGUAUUUCAUCUUUUGGAGACAAACCAGCGGAAGCAAGUGACCAUCUGAAACCUUUACUAAGUUAUGCUGCUAGUUAUGUUCCACAACAUAAACAUAAGGAGACUCCAUUAUAUAUAAUGGCCACAGCUGGCAUGAGGAUGUUGAAUGAAAAACAACAAGCAUCAAUUUUGGAUGAUCUACGAGUUGAUGUGCCCCUAGAAUUUCAGUUUCUUUUCCAUAGUAAUCAUGUUGAAGUGAUAAGUGGAAAGCAGGAAGGAGUUUUCGCUUGGAUUGCAUUAAAUUUCGCUCUCGGUAAACUAGACCAUUCAAUAGGAGAUGAUCCAUUAGUAGCUGUUGAAUCGUCAUCAAAAACGGGCAAAUUACAUGUUAGGAAAAGAACUGUCGGGGUUUUAGACAUGGGGGGCGGAUCUCUUCAAGUAGCAUUCGAAGUCCCACAAUUUAUAAAAUUUCAAACUAGAGAGGAACUACCGAAAUCUUUGAUGGCGGAAAUAAAUUUAGGUUGUACUACUGGAGAUGUAAAGCAUACCUAUCGGGUAUACGUUACGACUUAUUUGGGAUUUGGAGCUAAUGCAGCAAGAAAGACUUAUGAGGAAGCAAUGUUUCUGAAAAACAAGCAUUUAUCAACAGUAUUUGAUCCUUGUUUGCCAGUUUCUAUGAAACAGAAUAUUUCAGGAUUAUUAUUUAUUGGAUCUGGAAAAUAUGAAGAAUGUUAUGAGAAUGUAAAAAUUUUAAUAAACGAAACGGCUCCUUGUCCAAAGAAGCCAUGUGCCAUAAAUGGUACUUUUCAACCGAAUAUUGCAUUUAAAAAUAGUGAAUUCUAUGGAUUCUCUGAAUUUUACUAUACGAUGGAAGACGUACUACGAAUGGGAGGCCGCUAUCUUUACAGUUCCUUCUCCAGAACUGCGUCGGACUAUUGUGGCACAAGCUAUGAAGUUCUUUCAGACUUAUUUAAAAAGAACCGAUAUCCGAAAGCCGAUGAAAAUCGUCUAAAGUUUCAGUGUUUCAAAUCGGCGUGGGUGGCUGCCGUUUUGCAUAACGGGCUAGGAUUCCCAAAAGACUAUAAAAGCCUUACGUCUCUUCAGAGUCUUGGCAAUCAAGAAAUUCAUUGGACUCUUGGUGCUCUUUUGUUCAAAACUCGCUUCUAUCCUCUAAGGGAUAAAGACAGUAUCGGAAGCGCGACUAAAUUGUCUUCCGUUCGUUCUUGGUUACCGCUAACUACUCACGCACACUAUAUCAUUGCGGGCUGCGUUCUCAUUGUGGGCAUGUCUAUUGUAGUUUAUCUAAGGAGUAUCGUUCCAAGAAGAGUCGAGAAGAAUUUUUCAUAUGCUUGA